AGCCAGAGCUAGAGCCCGAGAGGAGCGGGAGGGAGAGGGAGGAAGACGGACGCACGCCGAGACUCGGGCGCCGGAAUUCCAUUAGAAAAAAGUGAGCCGGCCGAGGGGUAGCGGGAGAAGGUUUUUUGAAAAUUUCCUUCGUCUGGAGCGAAAGAAGCGACUCGGGUCUCGCACCCGCCAAGCUCCCGCUGGAUUGCUCCCUGGCGCUUGCCCACGUCGGUGGAUUGCUCUCCUCUUUGCGUUUUAUUCUGACCCCCACCCUCGCCGCUUCCUUCCAACCCCCCGCUCUCCCGUCGCCUCUCCCCCACCUCCCCAGGCCCCUCCAGAGGAGCACAGGGGAUCGGACCGCGGGGACCCGCGCUCCCGGGCCGGCGGAGGGACGGCAGAGCGCAGGACCGCUGUCGGCGGGGAAGCAGCACCCACAGACACACCUGUGUGUUUCAUUCUAGUGGGCGAGGGGCGUCGAGCGGGCCCGCCGCCUUCGUCCCCACCCCCUCCGGCCAGGGGCGAGAAUCGCAGGACUCAGGAUCUCCAUCGGGCGGACUCGCUGGGAUCUCCGCAUUGGAUUUGGGGCUGAUUAUCACUGCUUGGCUAUAUUAUUGUCAUUUUUUUUUAACCCAAGGGAGAAAGACAAAACACAAAACUGUGGGAUUUAUUUAACAUGAUCUUGGCAAACGCCUUCUGCCUCUUCUUCUUUCUAGACGAGACCCUCCGCUCUUUGGCCAGCCCUUCCUCCCUGCAGGGCCCCGAGCUGCACGGCUGGCGCCCCCCAGUGGACUGUGUCCGGGCCAAUGAGCUGUGUGCCGCUGAAUCCAACUGCAGCUCCCGCUACCGCACGCUUCGGCAGUGCCUGGCGGGCAGGGACCGCAACACCAUGCUGGCCAACAAGGAGUGCCAGGCGGCCCUGGAGGUCCUGCAGGAGAGCCCGCUGUAUGACUGCCGCUGCAAGCGGGGCAUGAAGAAGGAGCUGCAGUGCCUGCAGAUCUACUGGAGCAUCCACCUGGGGCUGACCGAGGGAGAGGAGUUUUACGAGGCCUCGCCCUACGAGCAGGUGACCUCCCGCCUCUCCGACAUCUUCAGGCUCGCGUCCAUCUUCUCAGGGACCGGGGCGGACCCGGCGGUCAGUGCCAAGAGCAACCACUGCCUGGACGCGGCCAAGGCCUGCAACCUGAACGAGAACUGCAAGAAGCUGCGCUCCUCCUACAUCUCCAUCUGCAACCGCGAGAUCUCGCCCACCGAGCGCUGCAACCGCCGCAAGUGCCACAAGGCCCUGCGCCAGUUCUUCGACCGGGUGCCCAGCGAGUACACCUACCGCAUGCUCUUCUGCUCCUGCCAGGACCAGGCGUGUGCCGAGCGCCGCCGGCAGACCAUCCUGCCCAGCUGCUCCUACGAGGACAAGGAGAAGCCCAACUGCCUGGACCUGCGCAGCGUGUGCCGGACCGACCACCUGUGCCGGUCCCGGCUGGCGGACUUCCACGCCAAUUGUCACGCCUCCUACCAGACGCUCACCAGCUGUCCAGCCGACAAUUAUCAGGCGUGUCUGGGCUCCUACGCGGGCAUGAUUGGGUUUGACAUGACGCCCAACUACGUGGACUCCAGCCCCACUGGCAUCGUGGUGUCCCCCUGGUGCAGCUGUCGGGGGAGUGGGAACAUGGAGGAGGAGUGUGAGAAGUUCCUCAGGGACUUCACCGAGAACCCCUGCCUUCGAGCAGGGGCUGAAGGCCAACAGCUCCAAAGAGCUGAGCACGUGCUUCACAGAGCUCACCACCAACAUCAUCCCAGGGAGUAACAAGGUGAUCAGACCCAACUCAGGCCCCUGCCGAGCCAGCCCGUCGGCCGCCUUGACCGUUUUCUCCUUCCUGAUGUUGAAGCUGGCCUUGUAGGCUCUGGGCACGGCGUCUGGAGGUUUCCGAAAGCUACGUGGACACCCGCCUGCUGAAUGGACACACACACACACACACACACACACACACACACACACACACACACCUUGCAAAAAAUUUCCCUCACCUUGUCUCUGAACCUGUCUGUUCCCAGGUUUCUUCUCUGGAGAAGUUUUUCUAAGCCAAACAGACAGUAGGCGGGCAGCCUGAGAGCCUCCUGGGGGGCCCCUGGCAAGGGCACCCCAGCGCCAAGGAGGGCGCGAGGGUCUAGACAUGCCCCACACCUUCUCCUGGUGUUUUCCUCUCUGGACCCUGACGAGACCCCUGCGGCUACGGGACUGUGGCCGUGCCUGGUGUGGUCUGAGGCAGGACAGUGGCCGCUGCUCUUCUCAAGUUGCCCACGCUGGGGACUUGCUGGGGCUGGCAAGGGGCGUCAGGUGGCAGAGCAGUGGGGCUGGCCCCUGGGUCCAACUGGGCACCAGUCGCACCUCCACGUGCUUUGAGAGUGGAGUUUAUUUUGCCCUCCCUCUGGGCUGGGCAGGUCUGCUUCUGGCCUGUGGAGGGGUGUGCACGGAGGUCCCCCACUGUGGCACGGGCUGGGCAGCUCCAGGGCCUUGGGGGCUCAGCCCACCUGGGACACCCCCUCAGGAGGAGGGAGCAACACUUGGUCGCAGCUCGGGGCUGCUGCUUCCUCUUGGUGGCAGGAAUUUUGAAAUAAAAAAGAAAUGAUUCUUCGGUGGCUCUCUUUGGAGAGGGGGCUGCUGAGAGGGGCAGCGAAGACCACAGUGGACGUCCACCGCCCCACACUCUGGUCUCUGCAGCUCUCUCCCCACUUCCACCUUAUCUUUCCUCAUUUCUGAGACAUACGCCAACUGUAUGUACACAACAUGUUGCCCUUCUCAACAUAUAUGUAUAUACACAUCCAUAUACAUAUAUCGUGUGGUCUCCCCUUUCUUUCCUUUUUUUUAAGAAACAAAACUAUUGAAAUAAUACCCCAACAGAUGAGCGAAAUGUAUUAUUGUAAAGUUUAUUUUUUUUAUAACAUUGUCUAUAAAGGGAUCGGAGGAGAUGGCCUCCCCGUGUCCCGGCCCGUUGGGCCGCCGGGCCGUGGGAGGGGCUCCUGAUCGCAUUCACGCUGGCCAGGCUCCAAUAAAUGUCCUCGGAAGCAGCUUGGUUUCUGCCUCACUCCCGUGUGCCUUCUCCCUGCUUGGUUCCUGGCCCAGCCGCACCUUGGCUGCUUACCUGGGGCUCCUGGGUGGGGCCGUCUGUCACGUGUGCUCGGUGUGGGUGAUGAAGCUCCGUUAGGAGAUGCUUGUAUACUUGGUGGGUCUGGGGUCCCACUGUGCUGAGUUUGUCUGGCCACUCACCUGUCUGUCCCACUUCCCCUUCCCGAUGAGUGCCAGCGCCCUUCGGCGGUUGGUCCCAACCUGGAAGGGGAGGAAUGGCCGUGAGGAUGGAGGUGAGGGGACAACUUGUCACACUUAGGGUAUGUUUUUGUUUGAAGGCUGCCUGGGCGACCCUGUAGUUGGCCCUGCUCGUCUGCCCGCUGGGACUCCUGGUUUACUUAAGGUGUGUGAUUGUGAGGCAGGGACCUGGCUUCUUGGGUCCCACCAGGGAAGGAAGACGCUGUGGCCCAACCCUGCUCCUUGUUUUCUCUACUUACCACCCAGCCUCCACCAGACAUGGGCCUGCCAUGUUCUCCCGGAGAGACCAGAAGGAUGCCUGCUAGCUGAAUGUGUACACGCGUGUGUGGGCUUGCAGGUGCUCACAUGUGUGUGUCAGUGCACAUGGCAGGAGAGAGGAGGCAAGGUUGCCAGUGAGGGAUGUUCCCGCUGUCAGCAUGGCCUUCAGGGAUGCACACCAUCCCAUCCUGUCACCUUUGGGAGAUGGGCUGCUGUUUUCCAUUCUCCCAAUCCAGGGCCCUACAAGUGGCUCUUGUUUCUGGCCACUCAUGCUCCACGUCCACGGUGGUGGUCACUGUGAUGUACAGCGUCCCAGCCCCUGCAUGGAGGGGCGCUGAGGAGCCCUCUUCCCCAUCAUCACUGGCCUGACUCUGUGUGUGGAGGCAGUUGUGGGGCCACUUGGGAUCCAUGUGUUUGCAAACAGCAAAGUCUGGUUGACUUCAAGGCUUGGUGGGGGGAAUGGCUCACAGCAUCAGUGUUCCUAGGACAGUCGCCAAAGAACGUCUGCAGGCUGGAUGGCAGGAUGAUAGGGUCAGCACGCUGCCUCCUCCGUGAUGAAGGACCACCACCCGCCAUCCAGCUGUGUGCACUGGGACCGUGUACCUACGUCCUGCCAUUCUUGGGUGCAAGGAUACUUCACGUCUGGCAUCCCUCAUGGGAAAUAAGCCCUUGGAUUGCAUGAUGGGGAAGAGGAAGUUUCCCAAGAAGAAGUGGAGGUGCCGUGAUGAAGGGAGGAGUGGAUUCUGGGCAGCUUUCCUCUGCCUUAAAACGUCUCCCAGGCACCGCGUAGCUAAACUUUUACCAUUAAAUAUUCAUUCCUUUGGUU